AUGGAAUCAAGGACUGGUGCUGAAGGAGGGUUGGCGGCCAUUGGAGCUUGUCCACUUACAAUGACAAAGAAGAGAAUGUUGAGAAAGGGUAAGAGAGUAGUUGAGGAAGGGAACUUGGUGCUCGUCUCUGCAAAAUCUUUAGGCCUUAAGACCUUAUCUUUAAUGGCCUUACAGAUGCAGGAACGAGCUUUAGCUUUACUAAGGAAGCGCAAAUGGAGGCAACAAGCUAGUAUUGCAGGUGGCGCGGGUGGUGAACCAAAAAUAGGCAUUAAUGAAGAAGAAUUACUGUCCAUGGAAGCCGGUGAAAUGGAACUAGACAUCGAUCGAGAAGAAUUGUUGUUCAUGGAAUCAAGGACCAGUGCUGAAGGAGGGUCGGCGGUGAUUGGAGCUUGUCCACUUACAAUGACAAAGAAGAGAAUGUUGAGAAAAGGUAAGAGAGUAGUUGAGGACUGGGGAGGCUUAAGGCAAUUGGAGGCCUAA